UGUAUAUGAUUUUGACAUUUGGAUGGUUCCUGUGCCCGUGUAAUAACAGUAAUAAUGUCCAAAUGCCAUUUUUUUAACAAUAAGAAUUUCAAUAGUGAAAUUAGAAUUGUUGCGGUGUAUUGGACACGGUGAAUGUGGUCGGCCAGCUGUCAAUAUUGGUGCGAUUCACAUGGUUUGUGUGAUCCGAAAUUGGAACAUGUAAUCGCAACAACACAUAAGCAAAUGUUGUAAUUGUUGUAAAUAUAAUACCAAGUAAAACGGAGUGACUCAAUGUGGUGACCGACCUAACCGAAUCAUUCACAUACGUCAAACGAAAAAAAAAGUCCAAGUAGUGCGCUGUGAUGAUUUGAAUUUCGCACAUCGGCCGCGAACUUUUAUCUAUCAAAUUCCAUCGAAUCGUACAUCAGAAAGCCGACUGAACGCAACACAAUCACAUGUUUUUGGCGACAGACUUAAAGCAAAACGAAGAAGGAGAAGAAGACGAAACGAAAAAAGCAAAAUCUAAAUCGGCAAAUUGCUUGUGAAUUGCGUGAAUGUGUACGUGGUUGACAACAAACGAAUAUCGACUGAAAAAGAAACUCGUUUUUUUCGUCGACCGAGUGUAGUAUGUGGACAUUUCAUGUUGUUGUUGUCGUUGCUCGUUUUUUGAAUUGAAUCAAGUAAGAGAAAGAAGGAAAAAGAAAAUAGUGGCGAUCGCGGAAACGAAAUACCGCUACCAGUUAUCGUACGUUUGAUCAAUCAAUAUAUCGUCGCUGACCCAAAACAAAAACCAAAAAUACCACGAGAGAAAUAAAGAAAAAAAAAAACCCGAAAAAGUGUGUGACAUGAACAAAAGAGAGACCGAAAGCAGCGGAAGCGAAAUGAAAUGAAAAUCAAUAGAAGAUGAUCAGUGAAAUUGAAACGAGGCCCACUCUCGGCGGUAGCGGUUAUGCAAAUCACCAAAUGAAUAUCAUGUUAUCAACGUCGUUCCUUUUUUCGUCAUCGUUGUUGCUCGGCAUUUCUAUAGAGUUAUUGUGAUCGGAAGUUUUGUCAGUGGAUUUCUCGUUUAGGCGAGAAAACGACGAUUGACUGUUUUGUGUCGAUUUUAUUUCUCUUUAUUUGAAGAAAAGAAGAAAAAAAAAUCCAUCGGUGGUGCGGUUUCGUGUGUAAAUAUUUGAGUAAUAAUCGGACAGUCAAAGACACGAGAGAAGAGAAAAAGAAGAAGAAGAAGCAACCAGAGAAUACAAACAGAAACAGAGAAAUAGAAAAAGUGAGUGUGAGUGAAACGAAAUAGAAGACGAACAACACUUGAAACGUACACCGCGAGUAUAAUGUGAAUGAGAGACGAGAAGAAAAAAGAAGGCACAUACAGUCGAGGCAGGCCACACACUGCAAGAGCACACGUCGAAGUGGUUAACAUAAGAAGAAGAAGAGAAGAAAAAAAGUCCGAAAGAAAUUUUUUUUUUGUUCGUUGAAUUAAAAGUAGUUCACGGUGAUUGAAACACGAUUCAAGAGAUCAGUAAGAAAUAUUACUUGAACGUGUUCGGAUCAUUACAAAAUCGCAUUUCUUCUUCUUUGCUCCAUCUCACUCUUUCUCUCUCUCUCUCUCUCACAACACACACACACACAGAGACGGACAGUGACACACACGCGUCGUGAUUGACUUUUACUGUACUGAUUUUGGAAUCGUUUGCAUAUUUUUAUAGUGUGAGCUAUCGAAUUUCGAAAAGUUUUUUUUCGGUAACAAAUACACACAUCAACCGAACAACAACAACAAAAACCAUUCAACGCCUAUUGAACAUUUUACAACUGAAUGCACGCCUGUUUUUCUGUCAGUUACAACAACUCAUUCCCCGUUUUUCCUGCAUUACAUUCGGAGAAAGAGGGAGAAAGAAAGAAAACGAACUCAAUUCAUAUUGCGCUAUUUUAAUGACAUUGGUGAAUUGGUGUGCGUGUGCAAAACAACUACAUACAAUCAUACACAAUCGUCUAAUUUAAUUAUUCCAUUUCGUAAUUUGGCACUUGUGCUGUUUGUUUUUUUUUCGGGGAGUAAGCCUAAGUGAACUGAGACACAACACAUAACACAUUAUCAGUCACAUUCUCACAUAUUUUCAUGUUUCAACGAGAAAGUUAAAACGCGGUGUUGAUUUAUUUGCAAGUCGUAGUCGUUGCUGGAAAUUCAGUUUGAAAAGUGCGUUAACUGAAAAUCAGUUACAAAUCAGUUUUUGGACAAAAAACAGACACACACACACACACACACACACGUUGUGCAGCAGCGAAAGAAGAAGAAAAACACAUUGUGUGUGGGACCGACAGAAGAGACGCUUUGAAUUAUCUUCAAGUGGAUAAUAAUCAACAAAUCAUUCAAUCGAUUCGUGUUGAUUGCGUGCAAUCUAAACACACAGUCAGCCAGCCAGCCAGCUUGCCAGCCAACAGAAAGCAGUAGUCGCAGUAGCGCAAAACUACAGCAGCAAUCAGUAGCAGCGGUAAAACAGCAGCGCAACGAACGAACUAUUUCAGAAAAAAAAACCUCUCUUCGUUUGGAUUGAGUGUUGUCUUGUGUGAGCAUUCAAAGUAUACCUACGAACAACAACAACAACAGAAAAUCAACACACGCGAUUAUACAAACAUUUUUCAUUUUUUUUUUCAAUUGAUUUAUAUUUAUUUUUGUGUGUGCAAAGUAUUCACGAGUGAACAAUACACACUUAUCCGUUGGUUGCACCACGUAAAUAGAAAGUUUCAAAGGCAAAGGUGAAAGUUAUUUUUUUUCGUUGUUUCUUUUCAUAUGUAUAUAUGAAAAACGUGAAAUUUACACACAAAAUCAAAAAAAUAAAACUCGUUUUUUUGUGUGUUAAUGAGACGGUCGCUGACUUAAACACACACACACACACAUAUACGCCAACGGUGAUAAUCAGAAGGAGAAAAACGUUUAGUCACAAUUUCGUUGUAUCAUCGUCAUUAUCAAUAACAACGUUGCUGCUGCCGCUUGUUGGAUAUAGUUUCAGUACACAAGUAGCGUGAACAUUAACUAAUUGGGUGAUCUGAACUCUCGUAGCCACAUUUUUGCAAAUAUCGCUAUUCAAAUUAAAUCGCAUUUUUUUUGCUGUCAUCGUUGUUUCUAAGUGGAAUUGGAGUGUAACAUACAGAAGAUCAAAAAAAAACAUAAACAUGAUGUCAAAGUGGCCGGAAAAAGUUGGAAUUUUGGCGAUUGAGCUGAUUUUCCCAUCGCAAUUCGUCGAUCAAACGGAAUUGGAAAUGUUUGACGGUGUGUCAAGUGGCAAAUAUACGAUUGGAUUGGGACAAAGUCGUAUGGGUUUCUGUUCGGAUCGUGAGGAUAUCAAUUCGUUGUGUUUGACCGUGGUGAGCAAAUUGUUGGAACGUAAUAAUGUUGCGCAUGCACAAAUCGGUCGCCUGGAAGUUGGUACCGAAACGAUCAUCGACAAAUCAAAAAGUGUAAAAUCCGUGUUGAUGCAAUUGUUUGAGCCGCAUGGUGUGACCGAUUUGGAGGGUAUUGAUACGACAAAUGCAUGCUAUGGUGGCACAGCCGCUCUGUUCAACGCCAUCAAUUGGAUUGAAUCGAGCAGUUGGGAUGGUCGUUUGGCAUUGGUUGUAUGCGGUGACAUUGCUGUUUAUGCCAAAGGUUCGGCUCGACCAACGGGCGGUGCUGGAGCUGUUGCCAUGCUCAUCGGUCCAAAUGCACCAAUUGUUUUCGAUCGUGGACUUCGUGCAUCCUACAUGAAACACGCGUAUGAUUUCUACAAACCCGAUUUGAGCUCCGAGUAUCCAACGGUCGAUGGAACAUUAUCGAUCAAAUGCUACUUAAGCGCACUCGACAAAUGCUAUCAAUUGUAUCGCGAAAAGUACGAUAAACUGCAUCCAAAUGCACCAACUGGCAUUUCAUUGAAUUCAUUCGAUGCAAUUCUAUUCCAUACGCCAUUCUGUAAGCUCGUACAAAAGUCAUUGGCACGUUUGGGUUUCAAUGACUUUUUACAAACAUCGCCAGCCAAACGUGACACACUGUAUCCGGGCUUUGAACGUUUCGACGAACUCAAAUUGGAAGACACAUACUUUGAUCGUGAUGUGGAAAAAGCCUUUAUGACCCACUACAAAGAAGUAUUUGACGCCAAAACAAAACCAUCACUGUUGCUGGCCAAUCAAGUUGGUAAUAUGUAUACGCCGUCCGUGUACUCGGGCCUCGUUUCAUAUUUGAUUAGUGGCGAUGCCAGUGAAUUGGCUGGCAAAAAUGUUGCCUUAUUUUCAUACGGUUCGGGUUUGGCAUCAUCAUUCUAUUCGAUAACGUUAAGUGAUAAUGAAAGCCAAUUGCGUACGGUCACCGAUAAAUUGGCCCACAUAAAGCCAUUGCUGGAGCAACGACAAAAGCUAUUACCCGAAGAUUUUACGCGUUUGAUGGAGAUUCGUGAGCACAAUAACCAUGCCGCACCAUAUGUACCCAGCGGCCGUAUUGACGUUCUAUUCCCGGGAACAUUCUACCUCCAAUCGGUUGAUGAAAUGCAUCGACGUGUCUAUGAACGUGUACCAACCGAUCUGUAAUUAUCAUUAUUAUUAUACUUUGUUAUACUCAAUAUCCAUUUAUGUUUGUAUCUCUCCCUCUUUCUAUCACAUACACACACUCUGUCUCAAUUGCCUCUAUUUCAUUUUGUUAUUUCAUAAUAUUCAACCAUUAUUUCUGUUGAAGAAAAAAGAAACAAACAGCCGGACUUGAAAACAAUGAAAUAAAAUUCUCUGUAUUUUUCAAAAUAUUAUUCAAUCGAUACACUGAGCAUUAUAAGACGAGGGAUCACAUACACAUUUAUUUAAUUCAAAUUAUUUGAGUUUUUUUUUUGUUUAAACAAAAGUAUAAAUUAAUAUUUAGCUUGUACCGAAUCGAUGUAGAAAAUGAAGCAGCAACAACUGACAAAGUGAAUGUAUACAUUUCAAUCAAUUCGAAUCGAGUUUGUCAUAUUGCUUUUUUAGAUAUACACUUUUUGUACACAACCACACGCUUUGAGUAUGAUGCGUUUCAGUUUAAAUGUAUAAGUUUGAGAAAUCAAAACGAAGAAAUAAAAGACAAAUAGAGAGUAAAUAUUGUAAAUCGAAGAGAAUACGUUGAUCUUCUGAGAAGCAGCAUAUUUCAAAAAUCGAAAGGGAAAAAUAGAAAAAAAAAUAUAUCAAAAGCUCGUGGCAGAUUUCAAAAUGAAAAAAAAACACACAUUUAUACCUGAUAAAUGAAUAAAUAGAUAUGUAAAAUCAAA